AUGAUGGAAAGAAUAAGAAAAGAGAUGAUUCUGAUGGAGAGAGGGCUGCACAGCCCCACAACCGCCAAGAGGUUCUCCAGUUUGUCGGACUCGGCUGGCAAUGCUGUGCUCGAGGCCCUGGAAAAUUCUCAGCACCCGGCUCGCCUCAGCCCGCGCCUGCCAUCCGCUCCCCUGCACGGCGCGCUCGGAGACCUGCCGGCCAAGGGCAAGUUCGAAAUAGACACUUUAUUCAACCUGCAGCACCCGGGCAGCGAGAGCACCGUCUCCUCCGAAAUCGCCACCGCCGCCGAGAGCCGCAAGAAGCCGGGUCAUUAUUCUGAGGCAGCCACCGAGGCGGACAUGAGCAGCGACGUGGAGGUGGGCUGCUCAGCGCUGCGCUCCCCCGGCGGCCUCGGGCCCGCGCCGCUGAAGGAAAACAAUGGCAAAGGGUUCGCGGACGGCGGCUCAGCCGCGGGCAGCACCACGUCCACGUCGGGCCCGGGCCUGGGAGGCCUGCAUGGAGGCGGAGGAGGUAGCGGCGGGGGCGCGGCGCUGGGCGGCUCGGGCUCGGGCGCCGAUCAGGUGCGGCGCUACCGUACGGCGUUCACCCGCGAGCAGAUCGCGCGCCUGGAGAAGGAGUUCUACCGGGAGAACUACGUGUCGCGGCCCCGCCGGUGCGAGCUGGCCGCUGCUCUCAACCUGCCCGAAACCACCAUCAAGGUGUGGUUCCAGAACCGGCGCAUGAAGGACAAGCGGCAGCGCCUGGCCAUGUCCUGGCCCCACCCGGCCGACCCCAGCUUCUACACCUACAUGAUGACGCACGCCGCCGCCACCGGAAGCCUGCCCUACCCCUUCCACUCGCACGUGCCGCUGCACUACUACCCGCACGUGGGCGUCACGGCCGCCGCCGCCGCUGCCGCUGCCUCGGGAGCCGCUGCCGCCUCGUCGCCCUUCGCCACCUCCAUCCGCCCGCUGGACACCUUCCGCGCCCUCUCGCACCCCUACUCGCGGCCCGAGCUGCUGUGCAGCUUCCGCCACCCGGGCCUCUACCAGGCGCCCGCCACCGCCGCGGGGCUCAACAGUGCGGCCUCGGCGGGGGGCUCGGACUUCGGCUGCAGCGCCGCGGCCCCGCGCUCUGAGAGCGGCUUCCUGCCCUACUCGGCCGCUGUGCUCAGCAAGACGGCCGUGAGCCCGCCCGACCAGAGGGACGAGGCGCCUCUCACCAGAUAA